AUGUCGCGCCCAACGUGGUCACACGGCGGCCGCAUCCUCUUCAAUGCGUCCCGCGUCUACUAUGUGCCGGAUAAGCCGUGUCUUCCACCGCUUCGAUGGAUGCCGGAGCGGCAGCGGUUUGAGUAUCUGAGCAAGGAAAUCGAAGAGGACGUCUCGUUGCGGGCGUCGCUGGCGGAGCUUGCCGAGGCAUGCUCGCAGGUAUACCAGCUACAGCCGCUCCAGCAGCAGUUGCCAGCUGCGUCUCUGAACGGAUACUUGCCUUGCGAGGCGCUCUACGGCGUCCUGCCCCUCGGCGCGGCAAGCAACUCUGCCCUGCUUUACGUCACAGAAAAGGAGUACGUGUGCACGCUGUGCGUGGGGGGCGCGGAGCACGACGUGUUCGCCGUGCGAGGACUGCAGUGGCUUUUUUUGCCGUGCGCCACGUCAGCCUUGUCAGGAAGGCGACAGAGUGGCCAGCGUCAGCGGCAUCACCGUGGCAGUCUGCGAAGUGGUAACCGCAACGAUGGCAGCGAUGGUGAGAAGCUAGAUGGCGCAGAUGGUGACGCUGGAAGCGACGUGUAUGGACAGCACCUCCGUAACUCCCUGAACGGCGACUCCACGAGCGAGACAGAUGAAGACGACGACGACGCUGAGAACGGGUCGUCCGUGAUGCAGCGCUUGCCCACAAAGACGCUGAACGACUAUCUUGCCGUGCUGAACCGCUUUUGCGAGUCAGUCAACAUCGAGGACGGAGGUCAGCGCGCCAGUGCGGCGGCAGCAGCUGCCGCCGCUAAUGCACACACAGAUGACGAGGUGCAAGAGAGUGCUUCGCAGCUGCCUGGCAUUGUUGGCCCCGCCAGCCGCUUUUCGUACUUGUAUUACUCGCCGACGCUGGACCUCAGCACCGAUCCCGCACACCUCUUGGAUCUAAUCACUCACAGCGCGCAUCCGCACGUCAACGACGGUGCGACAUCGACUGGUGGUGGUGCUGUGAGUGACACCACAAACGGCUCGUUGUCGUCGAAUACUAAUCGGGAGAGCAGCGGCACGACAACCGAGUUCUCCGAUCAACCGCGCCUCUCCAAACGCGCGCUGCAAAGCGCGGCGAACCAUUUGUGGGAGGAGAGGCGCGCGGCCGCCCUCACACGCCAGCUGUACCAGUGGAAUGGACCACUUAUCGGUGACGCCUUUGCCGUGCCGACCCUGGCGGCGCUAAGGGAAGAGCACGUGAGGGGGCGUGCGGAGGCGAGCAGAGAGCCGUGGAGGUGCGUCUGCGCAGAUGAACUGCUACGUGACGAGCUGGCGCAGUACCAGCAACGCGGCGGUCACGGUGGCGGUGCCGUCUCUUUACCUGCCAGCACGAUGCCUGCAACACCUUUCUCGUCGUUGCCUCUGUACGUGCCUUCGUACAUUCGUGGCCUUGUCGCCCAGACAGUGGCGUCCCCAUCCGUGCGCAUGACCUUGGUGACUCGCAUGUGCUGCCGCUGGGCCGGGACGCGGUACAACCGGCGCGGCCUCGAGCCGGGACACAGCGGCGUCGUAGCGAAUAUGGCGAUGACGUCCCUUUGGGUGACACCGCAGUCAGCGACGAGUGCCACUCCUUCAACGGAGAAGGGCGACGCCACCUCAGGUGCGAGAAGGUUUGCUGUGUACAGCAUACUUCGCGGCUCCGUCCCGCGGCGAUGGGAGCAGCCCGCGAACCUCUCGCUGAAACCAACCAUCAAGAUCUCCCCGGCCGGCAAUGCUGCCGAGGAACUUGGUCGCCAUGUGAGACUUCUGAAGCAGUGCCUGCCGCCGUUGCGUGCUCUCUACUGCCUAGACACCAUGUCUACCUCCGAGUUAGAGGAGCCGCUCUCUGACGCCUUCGCCACCGCUGUCCGUCGCUACAACGAGGACCCGCCGAGUCCCUUCACGUCCGCCAAGAGUGGCAUGUAUCUUUCCACGUCAAGCGUAGGAGCGACGGCAGAAGAGAAGGAUGGCGCAGCUGCCGCUGUGACGGGAGGCAAUGGAGAAGAUUCGGCCAGCGCAUCGAACAUGCCGACUCGUGACCCCAUGGUGACACUGGUGAAGUACAACGUGAAGAGGGCUCUGAAAACGCUGUCGUACGUCGGCAUGAUGCGCGAAUGCAUUGCCAAGCUGGACCGUGAAUCUGGCGGGGGCACGUGGUUGGAUUUCACUAAAGGCGAGGCACACGCUCCCUGCGCUGGAGAUGACAGGGCUGCCAUGGGAGGAGGGGAGUUGACUGUGCAGAACAACAGCAGCCUGAUAGGCACGGAGGGAGAUGCUGAACACAGGGACGCUGCACCGCGACUCUCGCUGGCCCAUGUGCAGUCAAGGCUCGUGCGGGUGAACUGCCUAGACUGCCUGGACCGCACCAACCUGGUGCAGAGCUUUCUGUGCUGUGCAGCGCUGCCACAGAUGAUCGAAUACGUAGAAGGGAGAUCGCAAGAGCGGGUCCAGCCGUCGAUAUCUGCGGUGCGCUUAUCACGGAGUGAUGGCGACUUUGCACAAGCGUUCAGCCGUCUUCGCCUGCUGCUCGCUGCGCAAGGGAUGGCCGUCGCGCAGCUCUACGCCGGCACGAAGCCGCACUUUUUUCCCUACAUGCUUAGUGGGCAUUAUCAUUGGUCGCAUAAGGCGGAGGAGGGUGUGUUGGCGCUACGCCGGUGGUGCCAACAGAACUUCUUUGACGGCGGGAAGCAGGAUGGAGUGUCGCUCGUGACACGGCAGCACGAUCCACAGGUGUUCAAUGCCGAUAUCGAGAGCCCCUUCUCCCGCGAUCUCAGCGGGAUGAAUCACCAGGUGCUCUUCGGCGUCCUGCUUGGCGUGCUGCCGUUCUUGUACAGUCUCCUCAUGUGCGUGAGCGAAAGAGGGGGCUUCUCCUCUUUUGUCUUUCAGCUGCACUUUGGUAUUUGCAUCUGCUGGAUGGCCUACCUCUCUGUGCUGUACAACAAGCUCAUGCGGUAUCGCGUCACAUACACGAAUCGCCCGCUCCUGCUAUACACGCGCCAGGCAGAUUGGUGCUGA